AUAAUUAUUUUUUAAUUAAUGUUUCUAAACAUUUCCUGCAACAUUCCUCUGCGUUCGUCAUAUUGCUUUUUAUUCUUCAUUAAAUUUCUCUUAGCCAAGUGGCAGCACUGCAACUGACAGCUGCUUCCAGUGAACAUACAAAAGUCACAAACGUGGAAUUUUGGAAAUUCUUUACAUUUUCUCGUCGAAAAAACACGUCAAAAUUUAAUCAAAGCAGAAAACUGUAGAAAUAUUAAAGCACGUAUGCCACGACGAGAAGGAAUGAUAUAAAAAAAAAAACAAUAAAGUUGUUAGGUGUAUUAUUGGUAACGAGCAGUGUCCUUGGCGCUACGAAAUCAUACUUUUCUAGUAAAUUCCAUUAGCUGAGCACAGAAGUACCAAUUAGCAGAAAAGGCUUAUAAAAAUAUUAGUAAAAGUGCAAUUAUCUACAAAGCACAAUGUCCAAUUCAAGCGCAGGACCAACCAAACAGGAUAUUGAAGCAGUGUUUCAUCGACUACGUUCACAACCUGCUAAUAAAGCUUGUUUCGAUUGUUCGGCUAAGGCGCCCACUUGGUCUUCCGUUACGUAUGGCAUUUUUAUAUGCAUCGAUUGUUCUGCAGUACAUCGAAACUUGGGUGUUCACUUGACUUUUGUGCGCUCAACAAAUCUUGAUACCAACUGGACCUGGGUGCAGUUACGUCAAAUGCAACUAGGUGGUAACGCAAAUGCCGCACAGUUCUUCCGUCAACAUAACUGUGUCACCACCGAUGCACAGCAAAAGUACAAUUCGCGUGCAGCUCAAUUAUAUCGCGACAAGUUGGCAGCUUUGGCACAACAAGCUAUGAAAGUGCACGGCACAAAGCUGCAUUUGGAGAAUAUCGCAGAUAAGGCGGAUGGCAAUGAUUUGAAAUCCACCGUUGACGCCGAGGAAGAUUUCUUUGCUGAGUGCACUAACGACAACAAUAAGAAAACGUUGUUCGACAACAAUAACAGUGAACGGGAAGUGAAGCUGGACAUUAUUACCAAAACUGCCACACCAACACUCUCUAAAGACAAAUCAUCCACUGAAAACAUUAGUGCAGGUGCACCGAGUGUAGAUUUUCUCAAUUCCGUUGUACCACCGCCGACUGUUGCACCUUCAAUAGGUGUGCGCAAGAUACAGCCAAAGAAAUCCGGUUUGGGCGCACGCAAAGGUGGUCUCGGUGCCACCAAGGUAAAAACGAAUUUCGCUGAAAUUGAACAACGUGCAAACUUAGCUAAUCAAUGCAAGGAGGCGCCGGUAGUAUCUGAUAAGCCACAAACUGCUGAGGAGGAGCGUGAGUCGGUGGCUAGCAUGCGUCUGGCUUAUAAAGAUCUGUCGUUGCAAAAGACACGAGAAGAAGAAAAAUUAAAAUCGGUUGAUCCAGCUAAAGCAAAGCAAAUGGAGCGUCUUGGCAUGGGUUUCAGUUUGCGUGGCUCGGAUAUAUCACAUUCAGCACUAAGCGACAUGGAGACCAUACAGCAAACAUCUGCACCGAAGACUCAGACCAAAAUGUCUAACUUUGUUUCCAAUGAUGAAUUGGUUGAUAUUGAUAAUGUUCUAAGUGAUUAUUCGAGCCAUUUAUAUAUUGAUAAUGUUGUUGCGCGUGGCAAUGGUGGUGUGAAAAUUUCAAAACUGGAUAAAACUGAAUUGGAAAUGAUGGGCUUUGAGGCAAUUGAACCGAUUGGUGGUGGACAUUCCAAUAUUACUUCAAUGUUUGCUGGCGCUGAUGGUGAUGCGAAGCAAAAGCCGCCUGCUAAGACCAUAGCGUCUAGAGGCAGCGAGAGUAGUUCGCAAAAAACUGCAAAUAAAUCCAAAAGCAUGACUUUCGAUGAAACUUCGGCACAACAGAAAUUCGGUAGUGCUAAAGGUUUCGGUUCUGAUCAGUUCUUUGCUAAUGACUCAAGCAAAAGCGAUAGAAGGAAAGCGAAUCUGACGCGUUUCCAGAACUCUGAUAGUAUAUCAUCAUCGGAGUACUUCGGCAGAAAUGAACAAGGCAAUGGCGUACGUGGGCAAGGAUCACGUGAUGCCGCCGCAGUGGUUUUCCAGGCACCCGAUUUGGACGACGUUAAGGAGAGCGUGCGACAAGGUGUACACAAGGUUGCUGGUCGCCUAAGCUCUAUUGCGAAUGAUGUCAUGUCAUCGAUUCAAGAUAAAUAUGGCUACUGAUCGAAAAUGUUAUUGCGUUUUGUAUCGAGACGCACUUUCCACUUACUAUGCAUAGUUAGUAAUUGCAUUUGAAAGCGUAUAUUAUUGUUCAAAUUCAACGGAAACAAAAAGAAAUCAAUUACAGGCAUAUAAAAUUGCUAGAAAAUUAAUUAAAGCAUAUAAAAUAAAUAAAUUACAGCAAGGUAAAUAGUUUUCUAUAAAUAUUCAGAAGAAAAAAAAAAAUAAACUCACGAAACUCUAUUUACGGAACAAAAAUAUUAAAAUGCCAUCGGAACCAAUAUAGAUAGCUUUGCGUCAUUUCACGUUUUUUUUUUUCAUAAUAAUUUUCGUGACGUUGUUUCAACUAUUCUAUUUUGCCACACUCUAUUACUAAUUUUUCCGCAACUCUUUACUUAUUUUCAUAAACAUAAAUCUACGGUACUGUUUUGCCGUUAUUUUAAACUUUUGUAUCAUUACCAAUUGGCGCUAUUUUUUCCAUUGUAUGUAUGUAUUUAGCUGGUUAGCAACGCAUUGUAGAGAGCACCAUUAGGAAAUAAGUGGAAAUAUGUAUGUAUAAUCAAAUGUAUAAAUAUAAAGGUUUUAAAUUUUCAAAUAUUUUA